AUGAGGCGGAUUAUAAUUAAGGAAGACGACAAGAAACGAGGUUGUGAAGAAGCGCAUUCGGACGUUUGUGAAGAGGUUGCAAAGAAGAAAGCAAAAACUGAGAGUGAUGUUGAAAUGAGUGAUAAAGCAUCACAAGAAGGAAAACCAGCUGUCUCAUCACAAGCAACAGUUUUAUUGGACGUUUGCUGUGGAACAGGCACAAUUGGCCUAUGUUUGAUGUCUUUAUUGAGAAAAUCGAAUAGAUUAUCGAAUCAUUAUUUGGUGGGCAUUGAGAUGGUUCCGGAGGCAGUCGAAGACGCCAAAGUGAAUGCUGAAACGAAUCAUUUCAAAGAAAAUGAAUGCCGUUUCGUGGCUGCAAAAGCUGAAGAUGCGUUUCGUAGAUUGUCGCUCUAUUUGCCGUCAUCGAUGGAUUUGAAUGAGGCGAAUGUGAUCGGCAUAUUGGAUCCACCGCGUGCUGGAAUCCAUGAAAAAGUCGUCGUUGGAUGUAGAACGCUCGCAUCACUGAAAAGACUGAUAUUUGUGUCGUGUGAGCCAUCGCAGGCACUGAAGAAUCUGACCGAUUUGUGCAGACCAAGUUCGAAGAAGUACGCUGGUGAAGCGUUUCGACUGACAUCAAUCACACCCGUCGAUAUGUUCCCACAAACAAAACAUUGUGAAUGGGUCAUUCAACUGGAUCGAUAG